AUGGACCCCAGGGGCUCCCACGGCAAGCCUGACCUUGAUGUCGAGGCGGAGGGUAAUGAGGUCCAGGACGACGAUGACGAUCGCGCCGAACGCCUCGCGCGCGUCACCUUCGAGGACUCUUCAACCAUUGAUGUGGAGGGGAUGCGAUCUAUCUACCAGCCGGCUCAGUUCACCCGCACUCGCUCUAUCAGCCGAGAUACCAUCCACAGCACUCGGAGCACCAGCCAGACUGUCACUGCAGCAAAUGCCGGUUUCCCCAUCGAGUUCCGCACACUCUCAAUCCAGAUCUCAGAGUCCCAGAAUGCCCCGAAGGAGGUCGUCGCUGAACCCACCAAGGAGAAGUUGCCCGACCAGGACUACUUCGAGAGCCUGGACUUCCACACAAUCACCCAGGAAAAACUGCUUCAAGAGUUCAAUGUCGACCAGCGCACUGGGUUGAGCGACAGCGCUGCUGCCAACCGUAUUGCUCGGGAUGGAAAGAACGUCAUUGCCCGACACAGGGAGAACUACUGGAAAAAGAUCUUUUUCUACGUCUUCGGCGGGUUCUGUUCGGUUCUGUGGGUUGGUGUGAUUAUCUUCUUCAUCUGCUGGCAGCCUCUCAGCAACCCGCCCUCGCCCACUAAUCUUGCGAUGGCUGUCUUGGUCAUCAUCGUCAUCGUCUUGCAAGCCAGUUUCUCGGCCUUCCAAGAUUGGUCAACCAAGCGGGUGAUGAACUCGAUCUUGGGUCUGCUACCAUCGGAGGCCUUGGUUAUGCGUGAUGGAAAGCUGGUGCGUCUUCCUGCCACGGACCUUGUCACCGGCGACAUCGUGCAGAUCAGUGUCGGAAACAAAGUCCCCGCAGAUAUGCGUCUGCUGCAGACAUCUGGUGAUAUCCGCUUUGAUCGUGCGAUUCUCACCGGUGAAUCAGACGAAGUUGAUGGUGCUAUCGAUGCAACCGAUGCCAACUUCCUGGAGACCCGCAAUAUCGCCAUGAUGGGAACCCUUGUCACCAAUGGCAAUGCCACUGGUGUUGUUGUACUCACUGGUACCAGAUCCGUCAUGGGGCGCAUCGCCAAGAUGACUUCGGGUGUCAAGCAGAAACCGACCCUGAUCCAGAAGGAGAUCAACCGCUUCGUCGGUAUUAUCGUCGGUCUGACUAUCACGUUGGCUCUCUUGAUUCUCUUCACCUGGCUGGGAUGGCUGCGUAAGGACCAUCCUACAUACAUGAGCGUGGUCGCUAUGCUCAACAAUGUCAUGGGUUGUGUUGUCGCCUUCAUCCCCGAAGGUGUUCCAGUCGGCGUAGCUUUGACGCUCAUGAUGAUUGCCCAACGCAUGAAGAAGACAAACGUUCUUCCCAAGGGUCUGGCAACCGUCGAAACUCUUGGCUGUGUGAACGUUAUCUGUUCCGACAAGACGGGCACCUUGACUCAAAACCGCAUGUUUGUCAAAUCUCUCGGCAUGGUGGACUGGGAGUACAGCAUCGAAGACUUGACAUCUGGCGCCGAAGUGCCCGAAGGCCUGAGUAACCUGAUGCGUGCAUCGGUCCUCUGCAAUGAUGCUACAUUUGACUCGGAAACCAUGGAUCUUCCUGCCUACGACCGCACCGUCAACGGCAAUGCUACUGAUGCUGCGGUCCUGCGGCUUGCUGACACCAUUGGUGCCACUGCACAGGAAAACAUCGACCCCUAUGAGCGCAUUCACCAAAUCCCCUUCAACUCUAAGAACAAGUGGAUGCUCACCAUGCACCAUGACCCUGCCGCCAGCAAAGGAUACUUGAUCUACGUCAAGGGCGCACCCGAUGUCCUCCUGGGCCGUUGCUCCUCCUACUGGUCCGCACUCCACAACGCAGAGCGCCCACUGGACGAGGCAGCCCGCCAAAGGUUCUCUUCUUUCCAGGCAAAGCUUUCUCGCCGCGCCGAGCGUGUGAUAGUGAUUUGCCAGCGCCACUAUGUGCCGACCACCGAGCCCGGCUCUAAUGGUUUCAACGAUGAGGUCAUGGCCUCAGGCGUUCAGGAUCUCACUGUGCUAGGCAUCUUCGGUAUCAUUGACCCGCCCAGACCCGAGACCGCUCAAACCGUGGCUCAGUGCCGCCGCGCUGGAAUUCGUUUCUUCAUGGUCACUGGUGACUUUGGACUGACUGCGGCCGCAAUCGCCAAAGACAUCGGUAUCUUUGACGGUGCAACUGAGCCGGAUACAAUCGACAAUCUGCGUGACUUUGAUUCCGAAGCCAAAGCACUGCGCUCAAAUCACAGCUUGCUUCUUGAGGGAUCCAGUCUCUCCUCGUUGACUCAAGACGAGUGGACGACGGUCUGCGGAUAUGAUGAGAUUGUCUUUGCGCGUACCAGCCCAGAGCAAAAGCUACGCAUUGUUGCUGAGCUCCAGGCAAAGGGCAACACGGUUGCUGUGACUGGCGACGGUGUUAACGAUGCCCCGGCUUUGCGGGCAGCCGAUGUUGGUAUCGCUAUCGGCUCUGGCAGCGACGUCGCAAUCGAAGCAGCCGAUCUGGUCCUACUUGACCGGUUUGAUUCCAUCGUGGAGGCUAUUCGUCUGGGCCGCCUGGUGUUCCAGAACUUGCAAAAGGUCAUUGCUUAUCUGUUGCCCGCCGGUUCAUGGUCUGAAAUUUGGCCCGUGUUGAUGAACGUCUUCUUCGGCAUUCCCUCACCACUGAGCUCAUUCCUAAUGAUCAUCAUCUGUGUCUUUACCGACCUCUUCCUCUCACUUUCCCUUAUCAUGGAGAAGGAAGAAUUCGACCUCCUCAGCCUUCCACCACGUCGGCCCAAGCAGGACCACCUAAUCAACCUCCGCAUCUACGGCCAAUCUUACCUCUUCGUCGGUGUUAUGGAAGCUUUCAGCGCCCACGCCAUGUUCUUCUUGUACAUGUGGAAGGCCGCCGGCAUCCCCUUCUCAGACCUGGUUUUCGCUUUCGAGAAUUACAAAGAGGGAUUCCACGGAUACACGGAGGACCAGCUCACCCACUUCAACAGUGUUGGCCAAUGCGUAUACUUUGUCACGCUGGUGAUUAUGCAAUGGGGCAACAUCCUCUCCGUCCGCAGCAAGCGCAUGUCUAUCAUCCAAGCCGACCCCAUCCGUCCUGCCCGCCGCAACCCUUGGCUUCCCCUCGCCAUGCUCAUCUCACUGGUCAUCGCCAUCUUCGUCACCGAAGUCCCUGGAAUCCAGUCCCUCUUCGGCACGGCCUCUGUCCCGAUCGAGUUCUGGUUCAUCCCCUUGGGCCUCGCCCUUGGCGUGCUCGCUAUGGACGAGCUGCGCAAGGCGCUGGUGCGUCUGUUCCCCAAAGGACCAGUUGCAUGGGUCUCAUGGUAG